AUGCCCUCCCACGACAAAACAAAUGAAGAGCCGAAGAAGGGGAGGAUUAUCAAAUCCGCUUUCGAUAGCGAAAGCUUCGAAGCAGAUGGCACAAUUCAUGUGGACGGCCUCGUCGGCUCGGCGACAAUUUCGCCGUCUGGUCGGGAUAUAGCUCUCGCUUCCCCCGACGGCCUCGCGAUCAUUGACUUGGACUCUCCCUAUAAUCCGCCCCGCCGUCUACGCAGUCCUGGGAUGCCAUGGCUUGUCGUAGACGUGCAAUGGUCGCCUUUCGCGGCGCGUGAUUACUGGGUCGUCUCUACAGCCAACCACCGAGCCCUAGUAUGGAAUCUUAACAUGAGGGAAGAUUCAAGCUCCGGGCCGAUCGAACACUCUCUCCAAGGACAUAGCAGAGCCAUCACGGAUGUCAACUUCUCGGCUCACCACCCCGAUCUCCUAGCGACCUGCUCAGUCGACGGCUCAGUUCACACGUGGGAUCUACGACGGCCUCGCCAACCUGUUCUAACCUUCUACGACUGGUUUGCUGGAGCGACACAGGUCAAAUACAAUCGGCAAGACUCCCACAUCGUCGCGUCAGCGCACGAUCGAUGGCUCCAUAUUUGGGACGAGCGAAAGGCGUCAAAACCCAUACGUUCCAUUACUGCACACACGUCCAAGAUUUACGGUAUCGACUGGAACCGCACGAGAGCUACCGGAAUUGUUACGUGCUCUUUGGAUAAGAGCAUCAAGUUCUGGGAUUAUGAGACUGGGGGAGACGAUCCGGAACACAUCAUCCGCACGGAUUAUCCUGUGUGGCGAGCGCGACAUACUCCUUUUGGCUGGGGAAUUCUGGCCAUGCCCCAGAAUGAGCCGGGCGAUCUGUUUCUCUAUGACCGCCUCUGGUCGGAUGACUCCCCCAUCGAUGCCGCGCCGGCCCCAGUAGCUAUAUUCCCUGGCCACGGAGACCACAAAGCCAAAGAAUUUCUAUGGAGAAGCCGCGGUGGCGUUUCAGAAUCGGGCAUGGACGAGCGAGAGUUUCAGUUAGUAUCAUGGGGAACCGACAACGAGCUGCGACUACACUGUAUCGAUAAUUCUACAUUCAAUUCCGUUGGCCAUGCGAAAGGCGGGCCUGCUAGAAAAGGGUUGAAGAUUACUCGAAAAGGCGCUAGUUACAGGACGUUUCGAGCAGUGGAUGACGUACCGAGCAAGGAGCGCAAGGCUGGAACUAUGAGUGAUCAAAGGAUGCAAGGAGCUGCCCAGCAAAGAAGCAGCGCCAACGCUGGCUCUCGAGCAACUACGCCUUAUAACCGCUAUUCGAGACCUGUUUGGCGUGGUCCUUCGAUGAAAGCAAAAGUACUUUCAAAUAAAAAGACCACAGACAGUCAAUCGGCAAUUGGAUGGAUGAAGGGCAUCACAAUGAACAAGCGCAAGGCAUCAACAGAUAAUUUUCGUCGUUUGCCGUCUAAAGACGGUAUACUCGCACACAGCUUUCCGGAAGACCAAUGGGGCGAACCUGAUACCAUCCAAGAAGAGCUGCUACGCGUCAGCACACAAAUUCCGAAGGUAAAAUGGGAUAGCAUUGACAUGGACAGCUUGACCUUCAAUGCUUCACUGACAGGCCCGUGGGGCGUCGAUGCCGACUCCAUCUUCAUCCAAGUCAAAAUUGAUGUCCCCACGGGAUAUCCUAAACAUAAGGCGCCCAAAUUCACGAUUGAAAAGUCAUCCUUCAUGCCAGAAGAGACACACAAGAGACUGCACCGCGAAAUCCACAAGUUGGCAAACCAGUUUUUGCUGCGAAAGCAAAAUUGCCUCGAAGUUGCAUUUACAUAUUUGCUCGGCGAAGUAGAUCUGGAAUCUAGCACCACGUUCUUCAAAAAUGUGCGGGAUCUGGACGAUGACAUUGAUGGACUGGCAGAUGAUAGCUCAAGUGAGGAUGAAGACCCUGCAGCCACUGGAUCGAUAUCCAUGUCGCAAGAGCUUCCCAAUACAGGCGAGGUCGACACGACAAUUGCCCCUCAUGGCCGUGCCAUCAUGCCUCCGCCUCCUCGAACAUGCGGCGCACGGUUCUCCAACGAUGGAAAGCUUGUAUGUUUCUUUCCUACAAAGGAAGAGAAGUUUCGAGCGCUGUUCUCGUCUACCGGAGAAGCCCUCAAAGAUCGACCGAAGAAUGAGCCAUUCUUUGCUGGCUUCGGACGUUUAUCGUACGAUCAAAGUCCCCGCCAGCGAGAAAAUAUCGAAGAAGCGUCUGCCACCGAUGACCAAUCAGCAGAUUCCGAUUCAGACCGAUCCUCUUCCGAAUCCUCUUCUAGUGACUCGGAAUCUACUUCGAUUCAUAAUAUGAAUAUGUGGUAUCGUCCGAGCCGCCAACCAAAGAAGGCAUGGAGCGAGGAUCGCUCAGUGAGGUCUAGUGGCGCUGGCACCGGCACCGGCACUGGAACAGGCACAGGCAUCGGAACAGCUACCGGCACUGGAAUGAGCCGGCGCCGCAUCAUCAAGGCACGGAACGUCAUUUCGAUCCACGACCUUCGCGCGGACUUGCCUUCAAAGAGGGAAUUCGCUGAAGAGUAUGCUAUCUUUGGUGAUGGAGCAGAUGUGUGCAACCACAAUGCGCGUGUUGCGGAGAAAUAUGGGUUUACUGACCUCUCAAACAUCUGGCUGUAUCUUGCUCUUCUCCUACACAAAGGCAUACCCUUGGAGGUGUUGGCAGGCAACGCAAAGCGUGACUCGAUCUUGGUCAUUGCGCGAGAUGUUGUUUCACGAGUUGGCUACAUCGAUAAGAACGCCCCCCCAGAUCCGUGGCUGCAUGACAAUGCGCUUUUCGGCAGAGUUAGAUGGGGCCAGCAUCCCUUAGCCAAAGAUCUUCUUGUCGAUCUCUUUGAUCAUUUCGAGAGUACGGCCGACAUUCAAAUGCUGGCUAUGCUGGCCUGCAUAUUUAGCGAAGCUUCAACAGACCAUGGAGUCGCAUAUGCCGAAUCAAACCUUCCCAAGCAAGAAACUCCAUUGCCCUUGAAAGCACCGUCUUAUUCUCUGGAGUACUUCCCCGCAGAUGCUACCUCGUGGAACAUAUACAGCAGAAGCUUCACCAACUCUGCCGUAACAACACCUGGGACACUUCACACUCCAAUAAACUAUGCUAGGUCACAAACGUCGGAUGAUGGUGUAUGGAAUGCUGAAACGGGGCCGAACUCGUUCUCUUGUGGCGAAACGCCACCGUCAAAGAGCAAAGGCUUCUUGGGCGACCAAGAAGCUGGGUCAGCGCUUUCCAAGUCCCCAACUUCACAACCCAUUCAACAGAAAAGUAGCACUGGAUUUGCGUCGGCUUUGGCUGCAAAUCUGCCCCGCUCCUUCACGGGAACAGCGACAUCUGCAUCACCACCUUCGCAGGGAAAGAAGAAGUCUAGCCCAGCUGAGAUGAUUUUGAACAGCAUUGCACCACGCACGGGAAGUAGUAGUGCCGGAGGAACUACAGCUGUGGUUGGAUCUGGCGGCGGCAGGACAUCUAUGUCCGAUGAUGAUGCUCGGAAAGAAGACCUCACAACCUUGGUCCCUACCAACGUCGCGAUCAUUUUAGAGGACCAGAGCAUUUUUGACGACGACGGGUGGAUGUCGCGUCCCCUACUGGACCCGAAGUUAUCAGACCUGCACAUCAACUACAGAUACGCUUAUGCGGAGCUGUUGCAGAUGUGGGAGCAACCACUGGCUCGCUUAGAGGUCCUGAAAUUUAACAUCUUAAAAGAAGACGCAUCGUCAAGCGGACUCGAAGACAGCCAAUUCAGCGCCAAUGGCAAAAUCAUUCUACCUGGCAAGUCAUCACCUCUGGCGAUGGGUAAACAGGACAAUCUGCAAGCUCUCCUCGCGUCAGGCCGCGGUCUGGAUAUCAUCGGCCUCUGCCGUGUCCACGAAACUCAGUUGGAGCCGCUGCAGUAUACAUCAUCUGACCUCAAGGUUGGUGGUGCUGUCGGCACUUGUGACAGGUGCCAGCAACGGCAGGACAAACUCAUUUGCGUAUACUGUACAGAACCGGUCGAUGCGCUGUUCCCGGCUUGUCUUGCAUGCGGCUGCGCUAGCCACGAAGAUUGCCUGGGUGAAUGGCAUGCUGCGGGCGAAAUGUAUUGUCCCGCAGGCGAUGAAUGCAAUUGCGUGGAAGAAGCGGCAAACGGACAAGUCGAGUCCUGGGCAGCGCUACAGGCAGCAAUGCUCAAGAGUCGGCAGACGAUGAGCCUUCUCCCAGACCCUGCGAUGGGAAGCGGUGACGAAGAGGAAGAGGUGGCGGUGCCAGAGAAACAGCCGCGCGGAUGGGGCCGGUUAGGCUUCGACACGGCAGGGAGCAGCAAACCAAAGCCAGUUACACCACCCGUGUCACUUGGAUUUGGACCGUUUAAGCGGACAGCCAGCUCGUGGUCGCGAAGCACAGGCCAGAAGCGUGGCGGCCGGCGAGGAGGCUAG